AAUGGCGCAUUUGCCCUAAUCACCGCUACAUUCGCCGCAUCCAUUGCCUGUUUUGCUAUCCUCAGCCUACAAUUCCUAAAAGAGCAAGAGGCAGAAUCAACAGUGCCAGGAUGCCGUCGCUUUGGUCUCGUCGGAGAGAGUAACAUGGCCGAUCAGUACUCACCCGAACAUAAUGGAGAGAACCUGGACUCUUCUGUCACUUGCAAAAUCAAGGCUCUGUUCAUUUACCCCAUCAAGUCUUGCAAGCCCGUGGAGAUUGAACAUAACGAUGUCAUCCUGACCGGACUACGUUAUGAUCGUCAAUUUUGUUUCGCACAGCUCAAGACAGAAGAAGCAGAGAAGGACGAGGGAGACCUCAGCGUCAGCAUGAAAUGGGUCCACAACUGGAAGUUCAUCACUCAGCGCAACGUGCCUCGAUUGAGCCAAGUAGAUAUCCAAGUCUGGGUUCCGGAUCCGACAUCUCCUUCAUACUCUUCGGAUGCGGAAUGGGUCAGAUCGAAGGGCUGUAUCCUUUGCUCGUUUCCCUUCACCCCGGAAUGGUCUUGGAAUCUGGACGGCCUGAAGACCGCAUUAUCUCUUCUCAAGACCAAGAUUGCACAGCGCGAUAUCAGCGCGGAACCACGCCUCACCUUCAAGCUUCCCAUUGCCCCUGACGAGAAGCGGUCACAAAAGUACAACCGAGAAGUCAUGAAGAUCUGGAAGUGUUCACCUACCGCCAUCAACAUCACGUCAGAGAUAACGGCGGAAACACUGGCAAAGCUGAAAUACUUUCUCGGUGUCUCCAACNCCCUUGCUCUGUUCAUGGCAGAUCCUCUCAACCAUCGUCAAGUCUUCAGGAACGCUCCCACGGCAGAGGAAGCCGGCUACCAACCUGGUGUGGGAUUUGCUGAUGCUUCAAGAACCUGCCGACUCCCCAUCUCAAUGCCCUGCGAUUUCGCGCAAACAUUUAUCCAGAUCANNGUAACCGGCAUCCCACCGUUCGCCGAAGACGACUGGAAAGUCAUCCGCUCAGGAAACCUCGACUACCACGUCAGUUGUCGCACCACUCGCUGCGACCUCCCCAACGUGGACCCACAAACCGGCAUCAAAGACCGCGCAGAGCCCUACAAAACUCUCAAACAAACAAGAGGAAACAUUGACAAGGGAGCAGGUGCACAUCCAGUGUUGGGUAUGCAGAUGGUGCCUUUACUCAAAGAUGCCAAAGGUAGUGAGGAGAUUAGGGUGGGAGCAGAGAUGAAGGUCGUCAAGACCGGAGAGCACUUUUACAUCAAGUUGUUUCAAGACUAA